UGCACCCUUUUUUUUUUUUUCCUCAUGCAUGUGGAACUCAAGGGGUCGGUGCGAGUCAGUGGACUGAGAGGAAAUGGGGAUCUCUUCAUUCAUCAUGUUUCACCUUUUUUUGAAUAGCCACGUCUGUGACUGGGUGGCUGUACUGUUGUGAGAAGAGGUGAGAGGAGUCACAUCCUGCCAGUGGAUACAGGUGCAGAUGCGGCGGGCCAUGAGUGGAAUACUGAAGAGGAAAUUUGAGGAGGUGGAAGCCUCCUCCUCCCCGUGCUCCUCCGCGCGGGAGUCUGAUGAUGAGGUCUCCUGCAGCGAGAGUGGGGAUAGCAGCGACAGUGUCAACCCCUCCGCCUCGGGCCCUUUCACCCCCGACUCGAUACUGAAGAGGGAGAAGCGCCUGCGGACCCGGCGGGUGCAUUUCGAGAAUGUGACGGUUUACUACUUCAGCCGGCGGCAGGGCUUCACCAGCGUGCCCAGCCAGGGUGGCAGCACACUGGGCAUGUCCAACAGGCACAGCUGGAUCCGGCAGUACUCCCUGGGCGAGUUCGCCCUGGAGCAGGAGCGCAUCCACAGAGAUAUGCUCAGAGACCACUUGAAGGAGGAGAAGCUCAACUCAAUCAAACUGAAGCUGACAAAGAACGGCGCGGUGGAGUCCGAAGAGGCCAACACGCUCACGGCGGAGGACAUUUCCGACGACGACAUCGACCUGGACAACACCGAGGUGGACGAGUACUUCUUCCUGCAGCCCCUCACCACUAAAAAGCGCCGGGCGCUGCUGCGCUCCUCCGGGGUGAAGAAGAUCGACGUGGAGGAGAAGCACGAACUGCGGGCCAUCCGCAUGUCCAGGGAGGACUGCGGCUGCGACUGCCGGGUUUUCUGCGACCCGGAGACGUGCGCCUGCAGCAUCGCAGGGAUCAAGUGCCAGGUGGACCGCAUGUCGUUUCCCUGCGGCUGCACAAAAGAAGGCUGCAGCAAUUCGACCGGCAGAGUGGAGUUUAAUCCCAUCCGCGUCCGAACCCAUUUUUUGCACACCAUCAUGAAGCUGGAGCUGGAGAAGAGUCGUGAGCAGCAGCAGCAGCCGUCCCCGACCAACGGUUACCAUAGCGAAGCUAAUGACCUGGGGGGCGGGAAUCCGUUCGCUCAGUCACAACACCGGUUGGAGUACUCUCUGUCGGACGCCGUUCCCACGGCCAGCAUGCACCUGCAGGCCCCCGAGGACAUGGACGAGCCCCUGGACGACGACGACGACGACGACGACGAGGAAGACGAUGACGAGGACGAGGAGGAAGAGGAGGAGGAGAACGACGAGGAGGAGGAGGAUGAGGAGGACGAGGAGGACAGCAGCAGCGUCUGCAGCGGGCUGUCCGACUCCAGCACGCAGAGCCUGGCCAACAGCGACUCCGAGGACGAGGAGGGAGACGACGAGGACGAGGAGAAGCAAGACGGCUUCGACGACGGCGCGGCGGCCCCGCCGGCGCCCUGCGCCGACGUGUCCUCCUCCGUCUUGUGCUACAACAGUGAGUCCGUAGCGCACGACAACCACAUGAACGGAAACACUUACCUAAUGAACUCUUCCCCAGCCGAGUACUACCAGCUGGGCGGCGCCGGCGCCAUCGCCAACGGCCAGAUCCCCCAAGCCAGUGAACCCUAUGGGGAAGCCUUAGCAUUCCAGGAUCCGGCGAACGGCACCAACGGCGGCGUGGCCCAGGGACCAUUCGGCGUGUCCGCCGAGCCGUACACAGACUACUCCAGCCAGGCCGAGGAGCAGUACGCCGCCGGUCACCACUUCACUCCCUCCACGCCGCUGACCUGCUUCGCCCCCGAUCAGAAGAUCUUGUCCAAAGCGGCGUUCGCUGAGCAGCCGGAGAGCCGCGGCCAGACGCAGUUCCAGAACUACCUGAACAAUAACGGCCAGGACUCCUACGGCAGUCGCGCCUCGUGUAUGACGGCCGACGAGCCGCCGCAGGAACCCGGCCUGAACGGACACUCCGACCUGACCUUACUAGCAAACACGACCAAGAAGCUCCCUUUACCAGACCAUUGCCCCGAGGUCGCAGCCAUCUAGCGAGCCCCACUUUUUCAAAGUGUUCUUUCUUUAUUACGUCUUUAGCAUUAUCUUAGGAGAAAA